UUUUGAUAUUUCUGGAUAUGUUUUUUGUUGGGUUCUGUUUGGUUUCUGAAAGAAAAGAAAAUGUUCGAUGAAAGCGAAAUAUCGGAUCUUUUCCUUCUGUUUGAUGAAAUGUUUCUGUAGUAAAUACAACCAAUAACAACAAGAGGAUUAAAUUCCAAUCUUCCUUCCUUUCCUGAACUUUAACAGCAACCAAACUAAUAACCGGCUCUCACUUUCACAAGAGAUAAUGGUGCUUUUCCCCUCUAUUUUAGACGGAUUGGCAAGAGGUGUGUCUGUCAAGAAGGGAAAGAAUUUUCGAAAUGAUGUUGGAAGAGAAGCUGCAGAAGCACUGGCGAAAGAUGCGAAAAAGAAUGAACUGAUGUUGAGUUCAUCUGGCACGGUGAAGUCCAUCAACUCCAAUAACUUUGCUUCUGUUUGCUCCAAGAGAGGGGAGAAAGGAAUUAAUCAAGAUUGCUUAAUUGUGUGGGAGGAAUUUGGUUGCCAAGAAGACACCAUCUUUUGCGGAGUUUUUGAUGGGCAUGGCACUUGGGGUCACCAUGUAGCCAAAAGGGUUAGGGAAUCAGUGCCUUCUACGUUGCUAUGCAAUUGGCAAGAAACUGUGUCUGUGACAUCACUUGACCUGGAUUUUGAAGAGGGUUUUGACAGAAACCUUCAUGAGUUUGAUGUAUGGAAGCAGUCAUACUUAAAAACUUAUGAUGCUAUCGAUCGGGACCUUAAGCAGCAUCCUGCGAUUGAUUCUUUUCGCAGUGGAACCACAGCUUUGACAAUAGUUAAACAGGGCGAGCACCUUGUCGUAGCUAACGUGGGAGAUUCUCGGGCUGUGCUGGCAACUACUUCUGAUGAUGGGACUUUGCUUCCAGUUCAGAUUUCCAUCGACUUUAAGCCCAAUUUACCACAGGAGGCUGAGCGAAUAAUGCAAUCCAAAGGGCGAGUGUUCAGCUUACAUGAUGAACCAGGGGUGUACAGGGUCUGGAUGCCAAAUGGUCUGACACCAGGACUAGCCAUUUCACGCGCUUUUGGAGACUUCUGUGUCAAAGACUUCGGCCUCAUUUCAGUUCCAGCCGUGACUCAGAUAAACAUAACAAUCAGAGACCAAUUUGUCAUUUUGGCAACAGAUGGGGUAUGGGAUGUUAUUUCGAACCAAGAAGCAGUAGAGAUUGUGUUUUCAACACCAGAUAGGAGCAAAUCAGCAAAAAGACUUGUGGAAGCAGCUGUUCGGGGAUGGAAACGUAAGAAGCGAGGUCUUGCAAUGGAUGACAUCUCUGCUAUUUGCCUUUUCUUCCACAAUCCACCUGCUGAAAUGGUAACAAAACAGUCUAGCAUGAAAACUGUUGAAUAAAUGGCUUCAACUACCAGAGCUACUUCUGUUGUGUAAAAUUGUAAACCUUAGCUUAUGUGUGGUAUGCAUGUAGUUAUGUGUGCAAAAGUUGAAUAAAUACUACUGAAUACCAGUUUCUGCUCUGCAAAAA